AUGGGCCGUAAGUUCUGCGUUGGAGGCAACUGGAAGAUGAAUGGCGACAAGGCCAGCAUCACCGAGCUGUGCAAAACGCUGUCCGCCGGUCCGCUCGAUCCCAACACCGAGGUGGUGGUGGGCUGCCCCGCCCCCUACCUGUCGCUGGCCCGCUCGCUGCUGCCGGAAACGAUCGGAGUGGCCGCCCAGAACUGCUACAAGGUGGCGAAGGGUGCGUUCACCGGCGAGAUCUCGCCAGCAAUGCUGAAGGAUCUUGGCCUUGGCUGGGUCAUCCUCGGUCACUCGGAGCGACGCGCCAUCUUCGGCGAGACCGACGAGCUGAUUGCGGAGAAGGUCGCACACGCCCUUGCCGAGGGGCUGAAGGUCAUCGCUUGCAUCGGCGAGACGCUGCAGGAGCGUGAGGCCGGCCAGACGGAGGCCGUUUGCUUCCGGCAGACGAAGGCCAUCGCCGCCCAGGUCAAGGACUGGAGCAAUGUGGUGAUCGCGUACGAGCCAGUGUGGGCCAUCGGCACCGGCAAGACGGCCACCCCGGAACAGGCGCAGGAAGUGCACGCCGCGCUGCGCAAGUGGUUCACCGAGAACGUGUCCGCCGACGUGUCGAACGCCAUCCGCAUCCAGUACGGCGGUUCGGUGACGGCGGCCAACUGCCGUGAGCUCGCGGCCAAGCCCGACAUUGACGGAUUCCUGGUCGGCGGUGCCUCGCUGAAGCCGGAGUUCAUCCAGAUCGUCAACGCCAGACAGUAGAGUAGAGCGUGCCGCGAUCUCCAGUCAGUAGUGUAGCCGGGGGGAAGCGUUUACGCAAUCCCCCCUCGCCAGUGUCGUCAUGUCUCGUCUUAUUUUAAGUUUCUCAUUACGUUCGUUGUACCCGCACGCGCACUGAACAGGUUGUUACGUUUAAGCAUCCAACCAAACGCAGAGUAAUCUAUUCAAUAAAAGCAUUGUCCCGGUGAAAA